AUGAAAUCAAGGUACCAGGUGGAGCCAAGAACUGAACAUUAUGCUUGUAUGGUUGAUCUGCUUGGUCAAGAAGGAAAGGUAAAGGAGGCAAUGGAUUUAAUUAAGAAAAUGUCAAUUGAAGCAGAUGAAAUUGUAUUGCAUGAUGUGGAUGAAGAAGAAAAGGCACACAGCUUGAGUUAUCAUAGUGAGAAAAUGGCCAUUGCAUAUGGACUCUUGAAGGUGCCACAGGAGAUGCCCAUUUGGGUGAUGAAGAAACUUCGAAGACUGUUGGUGAUUGCAAACCUUGUGUUAUGGGGAUCGAUCCUAGGAAAGACUGGUUUUGAGACAGGAAUCAUGCCUAGCAGAGUUAAUUGGUCAAACUUGUUUUUAGACUGA